CUCCACGUCUCCUCCUUCUUGGCUGGGUCAUAUAUAAUGGUCAUGCCACAGGGAUUUCACUUAUCCUCUGGGACAUUUCAUAGGUUUUGGUCAAGUGUUAUGACUAUCACUAGAAGUUGAGGAGUAGCACUAUUACUGUUUAACGUCGAAAUCAGGUGUCAAUGUCUUCGUCUCUGGCCAGAUCUGUUCUGUGUGAGCUCAACCAUUGGUGGAGCCAUUUGAGGUUUCGCGUUCAAAACAAGAAAGGAUGGAACGAGAUGUUGGAUGAGACUUUUUUGCUCUAUACCAAAUACGUAAAUGACAUUCCUCUCUUCUUUGCGGCUAAAGAGAACAGUGUUGGUUGUAUCAAGAAACUUCUGAGUUGUGCGUCCACUAAUAUCUUUGAGAGAGGUGCUCUUGGUGAGACAGCGCUUCAUGUUGCUGUGAUGUACGAUAACCUGGAGGCUGCUGUUGCUCUGAUGGACGGAGCUCCUGAACUCAUCAAUGAGCCCAUGAUCACCGAGCUCUUCCAAGGUGUAACUCCUCUCCACAUUGCUGUAGUGAAUCAGAACAUCGAUCUGGUUCAUCAUCUGAUUAGUCGAGGGGGUGAUGUGGCUACACCUCGAGUCACCGGUCUGUACUUCAGGAAGAGGUUAGGAGGACUCAUAUACUAUGGUGAGCACAUCCUGUCUUUUGCUGCAUGUACUGGGAAUGAGAGCAUUAUCUCCACGGUAAUUGAUGCAGGGGCCAGCACCAGGGUCCAGGAUUACCGUGGUAACACAGUGCUUCACAUUUUGGUUCUGCAGCCCAACAAGAUGAUUGCAUGCCAGUCCAUAGACCUGAUUAUGGCAUGUGAUGCAGAGCUGGACCAGUCAGUGUCACUCGACAUGGUGCCCAACUACAGAGGCCUUACACCUUUUAAACUGGCUGCCAAAGAGGGAAACAUUGUGGUCUUUGAGCACCUGGUUAAUAAAAGGCGUGUAGUACAGUGGACUCUGGGCCCUUUGACCUCUAACCUGUAUGAUCUGACAGAGAUCGACUCAUGGGACGACAACAAGUCAGUACUGGAGCUCAUAGUGGGCAGUCACAAGAGAGAGUCAAGAGAAAUAUUGCUGGUGACCCCCGUGAAGCAGCUGGUUAGUCUGAAGUGGAACCUGUAUGGAAAACAUUACUUCAGGCUGCUGCUGUUACUGUAUCUCCUGUACAUCGGGACCUUCACACUGUGUUGUGUAUUUCGCCCUCUAAAGGAUGCUCCAGAGAACUACACAACGUCAGACAUGGACAAAACCACCCGAGUCCAGAAAACACUCAAAGAGAGUUAUGUGACGUAUGAUGACAACCUGCGGCUGGUGGGCGAAAUCAUCAGCGUCAUCGGAGCUUUUCUCAUCCUGUUGCUGGAGAUCCCUGGUAUACUGAGAGUGGGAGCAAAGCGCUAUUUUGGUCAGACAGCACUGGGAGGCCCCUUUCAUGUUAUUCUUAUCACCUAUGCAUGUUUGGUGUUGCUGCUGUUGGUGUUCAGAAUCUGCGAAGUGCAUGGAGAGAGAGAGGUAAUGGCAGUGUCUUUAGUUCUUGGCUGGUGCAACGUCAUGUACUUCGCCCGAGGUUUUGAAACACUCGGCCCUCAUGUCAUCUUGAUACAGAAGAUUAUAUUUGGAGACUUGACAAAGUUCAUGUGGCUGAGUUUCAUUAUGCUCAUAGGUUUUUCCAGCGCUUUGUGGGUCGUGUAUAUGACCCAAGAUCCUACAUCCCUUCCCCAAUAUCGCUCCUUCCCCAUCACCCUCUUCUCCCUGUAUGAGCUCAGCAUGGGCCUCAUAGAUAUGCCUGUGGACCACUCCUUCACUACCCCCCCGAUCGUCCAUGUGCUCCACUCCACCUUGUCUGUGGUCUGCUGCCUCUUUCUGCUAAAUCUACUGACAGCCAUGAUGAGUGACACACAAGAAAGGGUGGCCGAGGAGAGAAAAGAGCUGUGGUGGACUCAGGUGGUAGCCACAACUUUGAUGCUGGAGAGGAGGCUUCCUCGCUGCCUGUGGUCUCGGAUCGGGGUGUGUGGGCUCAACUAUGGUCUGAAGGAGUGCUGGUAUCUCAGGGCUGAGGACAGAACCGAUCCGAUGUUUGAAAAGAUGCAGCGUUACAUCAAAGCUUUCUCCAAAGACAAUGAAAAGGAGGAGAAGACUGGAACAGUAAAGGAGUUGUUCUCAGAAAGCCCGAAACUCAGACCUAAAAAGUGGAAGGCUGUGUCAGGGUGGCAGCUUAUUCGCAAUAGCACUUUGGGUUUGGAGAGGGCAAAAAUAGCCAAAGGAGAACCACAACAUUAAAUGUUUUCUAGGAAGAGGCCUUCCAUCAUCUUCCAUCAUCUUACAGUACUGAACAUUAGGGCUGCAUCAUAUAAUAUUGCAUCCCAUAUUAAAUUUUAUUUGAUUAAUCUAACGAUUAUUCUUUUUGAUUUGCAGACUGAUCUAACAACUAAUUUAUUGAUUAUUAAUAAGAUUAUUUAAUUAUUACUCAAUUAAAAUUACAAUAAAAUGAAUCACAAAUAAAUGUCAAAAACAUGUCUCAUUAAAAAUUCUAUAUUUUAUUUAAUUGAAAAAAGACACAUUGGAAUAAUGAUAAUAGAGUAGAGUUAGUCUAAGGUCAGGUCACUGCUGUGUUAUAAUAUUAAUGAUAGACCCUAUUUGUCGGAUGCCGUUCAGAAAAAUACUGGACCUCAACUUCAAAAGGAUUGCUGUGACAGAGAUUCAUUUAAACAUUGUGUAUCAACCCUUUCCUGAACUGGAGAAUCAGUAUUUUUACUUAGGUACUUUACUUAAAACUUAAAAUAGUUAUGACAUGGGGUUAUUUUAUGUAGGGCAGGGAAAAUAACUGAAACAUUUUACAGACUAACAACAGUCUGUGUUAUUAUUACUUUCUGCACCGCCGUUAUAGUAACAUUAUGUUACUAUAACGGCGGUGCAGAAAUUACUUUUAACAAGCGGCCAAUGAUCAAACAUUUAGAGAAUCAAUUUUAAGUGGCUGCUAAUAACAGAAACACAUUCCUCGUGUUGAUAAUCCUAUUUUUUGCUGCCACUGCCGUCUUGAAAAAGUUUCUCCUGGAUGAUUUUGUUUCAGGUGAUCAUGGUUAGCAGUUGUACUGCUGUGAUAAGCUAAUUCCAAUUUACAGAGCCUAAACAGCUCUGUCUAAAACACUCACAAACUUUAGGUGGUUGCAGGCAAGGUUUUCAGCUGCAGCUUGUUCUCCGGGAGGAAAUCUCUGCUUGGACCGGGCGCAAAGACUUCAUUGCGAUUAUAGUAUUAGCAUUAUGCUACAGAAAAAAAUAUGUUAUUUUUAUAACAAUAUUUAGCAGUAAUAAAUGCCAAACUAAAACAAAGUGAAACGUAGACAUUCAACUUAUGUCGUUGCAUGAACAUUUUUAUAUGAGAAUAAAACCUUUAAAACCAAA